GGCUCUCAACAGCUGUCUCAACAGUCGUCAUGAUCCCGGUGAGAUAUCGCCCUUGCAACCCGCCGUAACGACGACCAAGGGAAUCUGCGCCGACGGCGUGGAUGCCACGCCGCACUUGCGUCGGCAAAAACACCGAUGGAUUGAGGUAGUUCUGAUUCAGCUAACGUAUUUUGAAAAGCGACGCACUUGGUCUUUUCUCCGACGACAACGGCUCGAGAAAGGUGCCGGCGCGUUCGGCACCGGAGACGACGCCUCUCUUGGCAGAUCCAUUCUGCGAUUUGCUUUGUCAUGCGCAAGCAGCUCUGUCUCGCGCUGUGUACGGCGGUCGCCGCCGCCCAGUCGACCGUGCCCGGCGUCGUGUACUUCCCCGACCACCGACCGGGGUACCCGCUCUCGACGCGUGACCGAGUCAACGCCACGGCCAUUGCGCUUGGCAUCGACGCCGAUCUCGCGCUCCUCGCCCCGCACUACCAGCUGCUGCGGACGUACCGACCGGCGUUCCACGGCGUCGCGAUAACGCCGAUCGCCGCGCGCUACGACUUGCACGUGUACCUUGGGCUCGAUGUCGGUGCCAUCGACUAUGACAAGCAAGUCGACGCGGUGAUCGACGCGCUGCAGACGCACCCGAGCACGGUAGACGCGAUCAUCGUCGGCAGCGACAGCCUUCAAGUGGUGUCCACCGCCGACCUUGUUAGCCGCAUCGAGGCGCUUCGGAGCCGUGUGCAGUCCGAGACGAGCGCGUCGCACGUCAAGCUUGGCACGGCGCAGCAUCUUGAGGACUGGCUCAACCCACUCCUCUCGGCCAACAUGUCGGCGGUUGAAGCCGCCGUCGACGUUGUCGGUGUCAACUACUUUCCCGGUCGCGACGCGAAUUUUGAUAUCGAUGAUCCGGUCGCGCUCAUCAACGGGCACUGGCCGCUGCUCCAAGCUCUGUACCCGAGCACGAAGCUCACGAUAACUGAGACGGGGUACCCGACGGCGUCGCUUGCGGACGCGACCACGUACUUUAAUGCGUUCAAGCACUCGGCGUACGCGGCGCUGGGCUUCUACUAUGCGUUCUUCGACCGCCAACUGCGCGAUCCGAGCGGCGACGUCGACGCCUACGGCCUCUACACGGUCGACGGCACGUCCAAGAAGAUUCUGCCCGACCUCAACGCCGUCCAGAACGAGUCGGCGGUGUUCUCGUCGGUGGUCGCCGGCGCUUGCUACUCGCCGUUCCAUCUGGACUCGUACCCGCUCAAUGGCGUUGCCCACGGUAGUCUCGCCGCCGGUAUGGACCAAGACUUUGAGAUUAUGAAAAAGUACGUGGCCGUUGUGCGCACCUACUACUCGACCUACAUGGGCGUCGACGUGACGCCGAUCGCGGCCAAAAAUCAAGUUCCGCUCUACCUCGGCGUCUUCAUGACUGACCAAACCUGGUAUGGGGACCAAGUGAACGCAGCGAUUCAAGGCGCCGUCAAGUACCCGUCGACCGUGAAAGCGAUCCUCGUCGGCAACGAAAACGUCAUCCCGGUCGGCCCGUACAGCGCUUCGUACAUUAGCAGUCAAAUCUCGUACAUUCGGUCGCAGAUUGCGAUCCAGUCGAACGGCAAAGUCAACAGCGUGCUGCUUGGGACAGUCCAGCGCGUCACCGACUGGCUCAACCCGUCGCUGCGCACCGAGAUGAAGAACCUGGCCGACAACUCGGACAUUAUCGGCGUCAACAUCUACCCGUUCUUCGACAACAGCUACGACAGCAGUAACCCCACCGUGCUCCUCAACGCGCUCUGGGACCAAAUGGCCGCCAUUUACCCAGCGUCCAAGCUGCGCUUGACGGAAACCGGGUUUUCGACCGGUGGGCCGCCGUCGCCGCUCUCACCCCGCGUCGUUCCGAGUUUGAACAAUGCCAUCACGUAUUACACGGCGCUUUCGCAGUGGCAGCCGUCGCAAGGGGGCGGCGAGCUCUUCUGGUACACGUUCUUUGACCUGCGCGCCGACGACCGCACGCAGCCGCAGGAGCUCGAAAAGUACUUUGGCUUCUUCACGGCCAGCGGGCAGCAAAAGGUCGCGGGGUUUCCGCCACAAUACGAGGCGCCCGCGUUCACACUGGCGCCGGUGCUUCCCGUCGUGACAGUGUCGCCAGUCACACCCACGCCCGAGAGAGCCACGCCCGCGCCCUGCACGUCGGUUUUCAUGGGUGCCAACUACGAUCCGUUCCACAACGCAGCGUACCCGAACAACCUUCCAGCGCUGCGUGUCGCGAUCGCGCAGGACCUCGCGGUCGUCAAGAAGUACUUCAACGUCGUUCGAACGGUCUACACGAAUUUUUACGGCGUCGAGAUCACGCCCUACUUGGCCGCCGCCCAGCUCGACGUGUACCUCGGCGUCUUUAUGACGCGCGAGGGGUGGUACAGCAGCCAAGUCAACUCGGCGAUCUCGGCGGUGCGCGGCUACGGCGGCCACGUCCGCGCGAUCCUUGUCGGCAACGAAAACAUCAACAUGAACGAGAACUUUGCGCCGUCCGAGGUCGCGGCGCAGGUCGUCGCGGUGCGCGCAACGUUGCGCGCGGCGACGGGCGUGAACCCCGUCAUGGGCACGGCGCAGAAGGCGGCGACGUGGCUGACAGGCACCACCGCCAUGCGGGCGCUCGCAUCCGCCUGUGACGUCAUUGGCGUCACGUACCAACCGUUUUUGGACGGCAAGUACGACCCAACCAAGCCGAUGGCGGGGCUCGAUCUUGUCUGGACGCAGCUCAAGAAACUGUACCCGUCGGCCAAACUUCGGCUGGUCGAUGUGACGUUCCCGUCGGCGCCGAUCCCGUCGGCGUUCAACUCGGUGGCGACGCUGGCACUCGAGCAAGCCUUCUACAGCGCGCUGCUCAAGUGGGUUGCCAUCAACUGCCCGACGACCGAGCGCUUCUGGGGCACCUUCUUUGACAAUGCGGCGCUCUAUCGCACCGGCGGCCUGUACACUGCGGCGCGACAGCCAAAAUCAUCGGCGUUUCCCAGCCCUUUGUAAUUACGAAUCCAUUUCAUGUG